AUGGAAAUCAUUUCAAAUAAUUCAAAAUUAAAAAUACAACUAUUCAAUUUAAUAUUUUUGAUGGAGUUUUAUUAUUUAAUGGAACGUUUGAUAAAAGAUUAUCAAAAGAAAUUUUGGAGAAUACACUUUAUAAAUCCUAUUUUGGAUGUUCAAUAUUCCAAGACAACAAAUGAAUUGAUUGGAGGAUAUAAAAUGGAAUUUUCAUUGGUUUAUAAUAAUAAUGAAUUUAACAUUCCAACAUCGAUGGUUGGUGUAGUACAAAAUAGAAAUAAUGGUGAGAGAUGGCUUUUACUUGACCCUGGUUUGUUUAAUCAUUUACCAAUUCAUUUGUAUCAAAAUUAUUCACAUUGGAUCAAUUUGGCAACAAACGAAAUUGAGUUUAGACCACCAACAUUUCAACAAUAUAAAGAUGGAGGAGGAUCUGACACUGCCAAAUUUAUUGGGACUAAAAAUGGUGAAAUCAAAUGGAAAUCAACUGGUGAACCACUCUUAUAUUUUGGUGAACAUUAUGAAAUACUUCGUAAACUAAUAUGCCAAUUAUUCCCAUUGGAAUCAAAGUCAAGUAUUCAUAUUUUCCAAAAAGAAGCAUCAAAACUUUAUAGAAUCCAUUUGAAUCAAUAUGGAUUGGAUUUUAUAGUUGAUUGUCAGAAUCAACAAAUCAAUUCAGUUCAAUAUUCUGGUUACCGACUAAGCCAAAACAAUACAUUGGAACUUUGGUUGAUGAACAAGGAUUGUAUUGGAUUUAAUAACGCCAAAUCAAGUUCAACCACUCUAAAUCAUCCAGCCUAUUUUAUUUAUGAUAUUGAUCAAGAACUCAAAAUGAUCAAAUCAUCAGAUUUGACAGCACAUCUCCAUCUUUGUUACUCUCAUAUUGUAACAUCAUCAUUGUUUAGAGAUCCAUUUACUGGAUUGAGAGGAAUGGAGCUUGGUAUUAUGCUUUUAAAGAAAUUCAAUAAUAAUAUGCCACUCCACCAAUCACAACUUGAUAUUUUAUCAAAUAUAUCAAAUAUUUCACCCAAAAGGGUUACUGGAGAUACUAUCAAACAACAACAAAAAGUAGUAAUCCUAUACCCACUUUUAUCGCUUUUGGCAAUGGAUAAUGCCAAGAACAAAACUUCUAUCUUUUCAAAAUUGGUAUCAUUCCCAGAAACACUUACCCUCUACGAUUUGUACUUUUCAUUGUAUCAACAAGAAAAAGGUGAUGUUGUUGUCUCAUUUAUGAAAAGCAAAUUGGAAAAAACAUUCAUCAAGGAUGUUCAAGAUGAAAAUGUACUGGCUACACUAGCUCCAAGUCACUCCAAACAAGCAAGCUUGGUCUCCAAGUAUGCCAUAGACAAGAUGCAAGACCAAAUAAUUUAUUCAAACAUGGUCGAAGAAGAACAAGAGAGAGAGUUUGAAAUGGAAGUAGAAGUUGAAAUGGAAAGACAAUUUCCUAAAAAGGUGACAAGAUAUUCUGAAACGAUCGAUCAAGGUUGGCAAAAAAUCCUAAAUGGGUCUACAAGUGUCCGUGGCUGCCCAAUAUUCCUAUCAAAGAUAUAUUCAAAGAUACCAGUGUCUGGAAAUGUUUACAACUACAAAAGGAAUGUUUUUCAUCAUUGUGGACCACCCAAAACUUUAUCAAUACCAUUGCCAAUCAAGACAGAGUAUUGGCCAAUAAUAUUGAUGAAUAUGUCAAACAAAUCAAUUAUGUUUUGGUAG